CGACAUGGUAUCACCGGUGCGGCUAUCAGUUAAGUCUAGCGUUCCGAAAUAUGUUUCAAAGUUAGCUAACUCAGAAAUUUUAGAUCGUCUUGUCAGUUAAAAACAGUACAGAGUGUGUAAAUGUAGUUACACAUGUCCACGAAACUGAGCGUUUUAGUUGUAAAUUGUAUAAUUACGUCGUUAAGACCGAUAAUUACCUAUAUUCAUGCUUCAACUGACAUAUUUCUUUAUGACCUUCAUAUCGCUAUAUUUGUGUGUCAAGACAUACGUAGCUAAGGAUAAAAUGUUAUGUUUGUGUGAGUCAACAGGGCAUAUAUUGCUAAGCAUAAAGCAAUAAAGAUUAAUGGUAAGCAGUCAGCAGCACUACUUCCUGAGUUUAGGGAAGGGGCUUGGUCCCGUGCCUGCGCCCGCGCCCCGCGAACGCGCAUCAAAUUAGCAUCGAUGAAGUUUGUGCGAACAUGGCGGAUUUCCUGCCGACCAGGUCCGUGUUAAAAGUUUGUCUACCCGUCUGCCUUUUGAACACCGGCGAGUCGGAACAGCUUCGAAAGUCCAAAGAGAUCGACAGAUGUCUCUCCCGGGAGAAAACGUACGUGAAACGGCUGGUGAAGAUCCUGCUGCUCGGCGCUGGCGAGAGCGGCAAGUCGACUUUCCUCAAACAAAUGCGGAUCAUCCACGGCCAGGACUUCGAUCAGCAAGCCCGAGAGGACUUCAGAGCCACAAUUUACAGCAAUGUUAUCAAAGGUGUACGUGUGUUGGUGGAUGCCCGGGAGAAGCUGCACAUCCCGUGGGGUGACCCGGAUAACAAGCGGCAUGGGGACAGCCUGAUGGCGUUCGACACCCGGUCGGCUAAGAUGGCCAUCGGGCAGCUGGAGACAGCCGUCUUUCUGCGGUACAUGCCCGCCAUCAAAGCUCUGUGGGAGGACUCGGGUAUACAGAACGCAUACGACCGCCGCAGGGAGUUUCAGCUGGGUGAGUCAGUGAAGUAUUUCUUGGAUAAUCUGGAUAAGCUUGGUGAGCCGAAUUAUCUUCCCACUCAACAGGACAUUCUGCUGGCCCGUAAACCUACCAAGGGCAUCCACGAGUAUGAUUUCGAGAUCAAGAACGUUCCCUUCAAGAUGGUGGACGUGGGAGGGCAGCGGUCGGAGCGGAGGCGCUGGUUUGAGUGUUUCGACUCAGUCACUUCCAUCCUCUUUCUCGUCUCCUCCUCUGAAUACGACCAGGUGCUAAUGGAGGACAGGCUGACCAACCGGCUGCGUGAAUCGCUCAACAUCUUCGAGACCAUCGUCAACAACCGCGUCUUUGUCAACGUUUCGAUCAUCCUCUUCCUCAACAAGACGGACCUGCUGGAGGAGAAGGUGAAGAGCGUUCCGCUCAAGGACUACUUUCCUGAAUACACCGGGCAGGAGCACAGCCUGCCGGACAUCCAGGCGUUCAUGGUGGAGUGCUUCCGGGCCAAGAGACGCGAUACCACCCAGAAGCCCCUGUACCACCACUUCACCACGGCCAUCAACACGGAGAACAUCAGGCUGGUGUUCCGGGACGUCAAGGACACCAUCCUCCAUGACAACCUCAAACAGCUCAUGCUCCAAUGACCCCUGUCAACCUGUGAAAAUAGAGGACCUGAAUGGGGACAAACCACCCCCUAGCUCCUGAUGAGGACUUGGGAGAGACCAGCCUCAGAAGAAUCCGAUAGCCGUCAGCAUUGUUCUUCAGCCGUUUUUAUAUUAGUUUUUACUCUCCUCUUUGAAGAGUUGGCCUUCUUGUUUGGUAGGGGAACGAGUCAGUAGGACAGACUGUCUGUGGUUAUAAAGAAAGACAAGCAGGCAGAUUGGAUGUUGGAUAACAUCUGAUCUUGGCUGCUUCGCUUUGAGACACUCUCCUCUGGCCUGAGCACUGCCUUACAGCACAAGACUCGCCGGGGCUUUUCAACUCACAAGGCGCAGAUGCCAGUGCCUGGCUGUGGAAACCAGCAAAACUUUUUACAAACCGGGCAUAUGGUCUCUAAACCAGAUAUACAACUUGCCAAGCAACACAUACAGGAAUGGUGAAAUAAGUACUUUUAACAUGUAAGCAAAUGAGUUAGAUGGUCAAUAUGCACCAAGAUCAGCUGUGCAAGAGUUGAUUUGCCAGUUUGUGUCCAAGCACUGAAUUAAUUUAGUCCAAAAUCACUCCAUUAUUUCUGUUGCACUCUCCAGUGCUGCUUUGUGAACGUUGUUUCGAAGCCCCUGUAGUGUAUAAAAGGGUUUGUCAACUUGCUGAUGAUCUGGAGACUACACAAUUGUCCUUUUUCUUCCUCAUAAUGCAGCACCGUUCCUCCCUCUUCCCGUCCUAGUCAUAACUUUUUCACGGUUCGAGAUCAGCAGGUUGAAAGUGCUGACACAGAGCCAAUUUUGCCGUGAAAAGGACCAGUUCAUUGAUGGUGAAAGCUCUCUGAACGGUUAAAUAUUUGGUGUAGAAAAUGGCUCUAGCAUUGGCACCUUGUCUGUGGAAAAAUGUUAGAAAGGGGCACAACGGUGAGACUGAACCUACAAUACCUUUCCAUAUAAUGUCUUAAGGAGACCUAAUCACUGUUUAAAUCCUGCAUUUGUGCCUGUGUCUCUGUAGAAUUAAAGUUAAUCUUAGCUGUCUUAAGCAGAUAAUUAAGAAGUUUCCAUGCAAGUUGCCCUAUAUUUUUGGUUGUUUAGAGGUCAAAUUUAGCUUCAUUGGCACAUUAGGCAGAUGUGCCAGCAAGUGAACAUGCAGUCCGCUGUUUUCUCAGGGUUGAAUCAAAACCGGCAUUAUAGCUGAUGUCAUUGUUGGUGAACUAACUGAAUAAUCUAAUCUUUAUCUGGGUGGCAGAGCAGUGAAACUCAGACAGGCCUCAGUACAGUUAGCUGGGUAGUGUUUGGUACUGUAUCCUCCUGGCUUUGACCCCUGAACUUUGACCCAGAUCCCCCUCUCUCUCUUUGUUUUCAUCUCUGAUUAGAUGCCUUGAAAAGGGACAGACCUCCCCCCGUUUGCCUGAAUGAUGAAUGUCUGUUAAUAGAUGUACAGAGAUUUGCUCUAGAUUGUCUGUCUGAAUAUACUGUAACCGGCAUUGUUACAGCACUGUAACCGAUAUUGUGUUUUCACAAUAUCGUGCUGUUUAGGAGUUCCCUUUUAAAAUACAUUUUGAAUUUGUAGGAAAGAAAAUGUGGACCAAAAAAAGCUACUGCAGUUCAAUACUUUUGUCAGCGACUGUAUUCUGUAGGGGGCCAAUCUUUGUUAGAGGACAACUUCCAGGCACUGUUAAAAUCUGUGUUUCUCUGCCAAAUCACCCCAUGCUUUCUUGGGACUGUUAACAUUGACAGUCUGUAGUUUUUCUCCAAAAAUAAAGCUCCUCUGAGCUUUAGUUUGCUUCUAGUUCUGGCUUUGUACAUACUGUAAUCUGUUGCCAUGUAAAUAAUAUUCAGGUUUAUCUCUGUAUAUGUAAAUGGUUGUAGAAAUGGCGUAUGUUUUUCCAUUCUGAAUGUGUUUCAAAUCACUGCUUUUUCCAAUGAAGAUGACCUUUUGAUGUAGAUGUAUUUUUGUGUAAUUUCUUCCAUCACCUUUUUGAAAUUAUUUCCUGUGCCAAGUGUCAUGCCACUCUAACCCUACCAAUAAAAUACACUUUUCUAAUGAAA